GGCGGCAGGACGGGUCCGUCGCGGCGCAGUGACGCGAGAGCGGUUCCGGGGUCAGAGUCCGCGGCCAUGGCGGAGCCCGGCGGGAGCAGCUGCCGGCUGGAGUUCUCGGUGCAGAUGAGCUGCCAGGGCUGCGCCGACGCCGUGCGGGCAGCGCUGGACGCGGCCCCCGACGUGAAGCUGCUGGAGCUGCGGCCCCAGGAGCACUCGGUGCUGGUGGAGACCACGGCGGCGGCCGAGCGAGUGCGGGAGCUGCUGGAGAAUUCGGGGUGCAGGGCCGUGCUCAAGGGCAUGGGGGGCUCCCCCGAGGCUCCCCCCGGGGGGGCGGCGGUGGCGGCGCUGGGGGGUCCCGGGGGGGUCCGGGGGCUGCUCCGUUUCCUGCAGCUCUCCCCCGGCCGCUGCCUCGUGGACGGGGCCGUGUCCGGGCUCCCCCCCGGCCCCCACGGGCUCCACAUCCACGAAUUCGGGGACCUCUCGGACCCCUGUAACAGCUGCGGGGGCCACUUCAACCCCGACGGGGAGACCCACGGGGGACCCCAGGACCAGCACAGGCACGCCGGGGACCUGGGGAACAUCUGGGCAGAUGCCGAGGGCCGGGCACAGUUCCGAAUUGAGGACUCGAGGCUGAAGGUCUGGGACAUCAUCGGCCGCUCCGUGGUGGUGGCCGAGGGCGAGGACGAUCUGGGCCGGGGGUCCCACCCCCUGUCCCGUGUCACCGGCAACUCGGGCCCGGGGCUGGCCUGUGGCGUGGUGGCCCGCGCGGCCGGGCUCUUCCAGAACCCCAAACGCGUCUGUUCCUGCGACGGCGUCACCCUCUGGGAGGAGCGCGACCGCAGCCGUGGGGCUGCCCCGGGGACCCCCGCCAUGGGGACCCCCAGCCCCCACCUCUAGGAGCCCCCCGGGACCGAAUAAACGCCCCUCGCUCUGCA